CCCACAGCCCCGCCCCUGCUUAACUCUGAUCGCUCCCUCUCGCUCUGUUAACUGCCAUGCUCUCUCUCUUCACUUCCGUGUUUCCUGCAGCUAACCACAGCAGCACAGUGAAGAAGUCGUUUCCAGGAACCAGAGAGGAAGAGUAGUAGCAGCAGUGAUUAAGUCCAGGAGAUGAGUGACGGUGCUGAAGACAAGGAUGACAGAUCAGAGUCCAUCUAUCCGUCUGUGGAGAAUGAACAGUCCAAAGAUCAUCCUCCAGUCUUGAGUGAUGGACCCUCAGACACAAAGUUCAUCUGUUCGUCCAUGAAAAGUAACUGGUCUAAAGAUUCACCUCCAUACUUCAGUGACCAGCCCUCAGACAUACAGAUUCAGGAGGAGCAGCUGUCCUGCUGUGAUCUGUGUCAGGACAUCCUGAAGGAUCCAGUCUCUACCAGCUGUGGACACUGGUUCUGCAGACAGUGCAUCACCUCAUACUGGGAUCAGUCUGGUUCAUCAGGAGACUCCUCCUGUCCCCAGUGUGGACAAAGAUCCAGACCAGGACCUGGACUGCAGACAGCCAGUCAGACCAGCACUGUACAAACAGAUAGUGGUCUGCAGGAGGUUUUAGAUGAACAUCAGAUCAGUCUGAGGAGGAGAUGUGAACGUGUGACUGAAGGAACUGAUGGAACAGGAAGUAGAACCCUCCUCAACAGGAUCUACACUGAGCUCUACAUCACAGAGGGACAGAGUGAAGAGGUUAAUACCCAACAUGAGGUGAGGCAGCUGGAGACAGCUUCCAAGAAGAAGACCCUCCAUGACACUCCAAUCAGGUGCCAGGACAUCUUUAAAGCCUUACCUGACCAACAGAGACACAUCAGAGUGGUUCUGACCAACGGUGUCGCUGGUGUUGGAAAAACCUUCUCAGUGCAGAAGUUCACUCUGGACUGGGCAGAGGGCUUGGAAAACCAAGAUGUCAGUCUGCUGGUUCUGCUUUCGUUCAGGGAGCUGAACCUGAUCAGAGAUGAGCAGUACAGUCUUCUCAUGCUGGUCCAUGUUUUCCAUCCAGCAUUACAGAAGGUCACAGCAGAGAAGCUGGCUAUCUGUAAAGUUCUGUUCAUCUUUGACGGCCUGGAUGAAAGCAGACUUUCACUGGAUUUCAACAAUACCAAGGUUGUGUCUGACAUCACACAGAAGUCAUCAGUCAACGAGCUGCUGACAAACCUCAUCCAGGGGAAUCUGCUUCCCUCGGCUCUGGUCUGGAUAACUUCCAGACCUGCAGCAGCCAAUCAGAUCCCUCCUUCAUGGGUUGACAGGGUAACAGAAGUACAAGGCUUCACUGACCCACAGAAGGAGGAGUACUUCAGGAGGAGAUCCAGUGAUGAAGAGCUGUCCAACAGAAUCAUCUCACACAUCAAGACCUACAGGAGCCUCCACAUCAUGUGUGGAGUCCCAGUCUUCUGCUGGAUCACUGCUACAGUUCUGGAGCACAUGUUGACUACAGAGCAGAGAGGAGAGCUGCCCAAGACCCUGACUGACCUGUACUCACACUUCCUGCUGGUUCAGACAAAGAGGAAGAAGAACAAGUACCAUGAGGGACAUGAGACGAGUCCACAGGAGCUGAUGGAGGCUGACAGGGAAGUUCUUCUGAAGCUGGGGAGGCUGGCGUUUGAACAACUUGAGAAAGGAAACAUCAUGUUCUACCAAGAAGACCUGGAGCAGUGUGGUCUUGAUGUGACAGAGGCCUUGGUGUACUCAGGAGUUUGUACAGAGAUCUUCAAAAGAGAGAGUGUAAUCUUCCAGAAAACGGUCUACUGCUUUGUUCAUCUGAGCGUUCAGGAGUUUCUGGCUGCAGUCUACAUGUUCCACUGUUUCACCAACGGGAAGACACAGGUACUGGAGGACUUCUUGGGGAAUCAAGAUGAGGAACAUGUUGACAGUGAUGAGGCAUCCCUAGAAGAUGAUGACAGCCAAUAUUCUGAUGUGGACAGUGACUUAUUCCUGGAUGUCUUCUUGAGGGAUGCCAUGGAGAAAUCCCUUCAAAGUAAAAAUGGCCACCUGGACCUGUUUGUUCGCUUCCUUCAUGGCCUCUCUCUGGAGUCCAACCAGAGACUUGUAGGAGGCCUGCUGGGUCAGACAGAGAACAGUCCAGAAAUCAUCCAGAGAGCCAUCAACAACCUUAUUGCAUUGGAGGCUAAAUUUAUCUCUCCUGACAGAAGCAUUAACAUCUUUCACUGUCUGAUGGAGAUGAACGACCACUCAGUUCAUCAGGAGAUCCAAGAGUUCCUGAAGUCAGAGAACGGACCAAAGAAGGUGCUCACUGAGAUCCACUGCUCAGCUCUGGCCUACAUGCUGCAGAUGUCAGAGGAGGUUCUGGAUGAGUUGGACCUGGAUAAGUACAACACGUCGUGGAUGGGUCGACUCAGACUGAUCCCAGCUGUAAGGAACUGCAGGAGAGCUCGACUUUGUGAAUGUUGGCUCUCAGAGACUCAUUAUGAAGUUGUGGCCUCAGCUCUGAAAUCCAAUCCUUCCCAUCUGAGACAGCUGGACCUGAGAGGAAACAAGCUGCAGGACUCAGAACUGAAGCUUCUUUCUGCGGGAUUUGAGAAUCUACACUGUAGACUGGAGUCACUUUUACUCGCUGAUUGUGGACUGACAGAGAUCAGCUGUGCUUCUUUGGUCUCAGCUCUGAAGUCCAACCCCUCUCAUCUGAGAGAACUGGAGCUGAGCAGAAACAACCUGCAGGAUUCAGGAGUGAAGGAGCUGUGUGGUGGACUGGAGAGUCCAGAUUGGAGACUAGAGACUCUGAGACUCGCUGAUUGUGGACUGACAGAGAUCAGCUGUGCUUCUUUGGUCUCAGCUCUGAAGUCCAACCCCUCUCAUCUGAGAGAACUGGACCUGAGUCACAACAACAAGCUGCAGGAUUCAGGAGUGAAGGAGCUGAGUGGUUUUCUGAGGAGUUCAGACUGCAGACUGGAGAAUCUGAGAUUGAAUCACUGUGAACUUCCAGAAAGCUGCUGUUCACCUCUGGCCUCAGCUCUGAGCUCAGACCCUUGCCAUCUGAGAGAGCUGGAGCUGAGCUACAACAGCCUGCAGGAUUCUGGAGUGAGGGUGCUGUCUGAUGGACUACAGAGUCCAAACUGCAGACUGGUGACUCUGAGGUUGAAAUGCUGCCUGCUCACAGAUGAAAGCUGUGCUUCUUUGGCCUCAGCACUGAAGUCCAACCCCUCCAGUCUAAAAGAGCUGGAUCUGAGCCUCAACAAGCUGCAGGAUUCAGGAGUUAAGGAGCUAUCUGUUGGACUGGAGAGUCCCCACUGUAGACUGGAGACUCUGAGGUUGAAGGACUGUCAGAUCACAGAUGAAGGCUGUUCUUCUCUGGCGUCAGCUUUGAAGUCUAACCCCUCCCAUCUAAGAGAACUGGAGCUGAGCCUUAACAGGCUGCAGGAUUCAGGAGUGAAGGAGCUGUCUGAUCUUGUGGACAGUCCAGACUGUAGACUGGAGACUCUGAGGUCAGUGGAAGUCAUUUACAGGUUUAAAUGAAAGUGGACUGCAGAGAAAGAGAGCAUCAAUCACCAAGUUGCCAUAUCAUCCAUCUGGAUAUACAUUCAUCACAGAUCUCAAAACCACUUCCUCACUCCCUCCUCCAUUUAUUGACUUUUGUUUCUUUUUCUACUUAUUUCUUAUUUUUCUCAUUAUUACAUUUUCCUAUAACUUUUUUACUUGCCUUCUUUCCCUCAUGUCUUCCAUAAUGUCUUAAUUUUGCCACAUAUUUGCUGACAUAUAUAUUUGAAUAUACCACUUCCUCAUAACAUGAUAAAAUGUUUAAAUCUAUCAAAAUAAAGUCACCACUGUCAUCUGAGCCUCUA